AUGGCCGAGGGAAAUUCGAAAGAUUUCGCUGCAAAUAAUGACACACAGGUAAAGAAAGAAUCCACCAGCACAUCCUUCGUUCCUUCCAGACCCCAGGUUCUCACAUCCAAGGAUAAGGACACAAAGAGACUUGUCGUUGUUUUAUCCCAGGCGUGCUUGGAAACUCACAAAAUUGGCACUGGUGCCUCUGCGGGCGACAAGUAUGCUCUUUUGAACUGUGAUGAUCACCAAGGCUUGUUGAGAAAGAUGGGCCGUGACAUCGCCGAGGCCAGACCCGAUAUCACACACCAAUGUCUUUUGACUUUGUUGGACUCUCCUAUCAACAAAGCCGGCAGAUUGCAGGUUUUCAUUCACACUGCCAGGGGUGUGUUGAUUGAGGUUAAUCCAAGUGUCAGAAUACCCAGAACUUUCAAGAGAUUCUCCGGCUUGAUGGUCCAACUAUUGCACAAGCUCAGCAUUCGCCUGGUCAACUCCGAGGAGAAGUUGCUCAAGUGCCGCAAAAUCACCUUGAGUUUCGAUGCCGAGAUCAGAAGAGUGCAAGACUACGCGGAGACGUUGGACGAGGAUGAGAGCAUAUGCGUUUUCGUUGGUGCUAUGGCCAGAGGACAGGACAAUUUCGCCGAUGAGUAUGUUGACGAGAAGAUCGGUCUUUCAAACUACCCAUUAUCUGCUUCUGUGGCAUGUUCCAAGUUCUGCCACGGUUGCGAGGAUGUUUGGGGAAUCAUGUAA